AUGAAGCUGAAGGAACUUGAGCGGCCAGCUGUCCAAGUGUGGAGCCCAGCUAGCCACUACCCUGUGUAUCUGGCCACAGGAACAUCUGCCCAGCAGCUAGAUGCCUCCUUUAGUACAGAUGGCACAUUGGAAAUCUUUGAGGUUGAUUUCAGGGACCCCUCUCUGGACUUGAAACACAAGGGAGUCCUUUCUCCCUCCAGCAGGUUUCACAAGCUGAUCUGGGGGAGCUUUGGCAACGGGCUUCUGGAAGGCUCCGGGGUUAUUGCAGGCAGUGGGGAUGAUGGCAUGCUUACUCUAUACAAUGUGACCCACAUCCUGUCUUUGGGAAAGGAGCCUGUGAUUACCCAGAUACAGAAGCACACGGCGGCUGUCAGAGCCCUUGACUUUAAUCCUUUCCAGGCCUGUUCCUUCAUACAAGGCAACCUCCUGGCCUCAGGGGCCAAUGAUUCAGAAAUCUUCAUUUGGGAUUUGAAUAACCUGAGUGUGCCAGUGACCCCGGGAUCCAAGUCACAGUAUCGUGAGCAGCCCCCAGAAGACAUCAAAGCACUCUCUUGGAACCGUCAAGUUCAACACAUUCUGUCUUCUGCUCACCCCAGCGGCAAGGCAGUCGUGUGGGAUCUCAGGAAGAAUGAACCUAUCAUCAAAGUCAGUGAUCACAGCAACAGGAUGCACUACUCAGGCCUGGCCUGGCACCCAGACAUGGCCACCUAGUUGGUGCUAUGUUCAGAAGAUGAUCGUCUUCCAGUAAUUCAUCUGUGGGACUUGUGCUUUGCCUCCUCACCCCUGAAGGUGCUGGAGAGUCACAGCAGGGGGAUCCUGUCAGUGUCAUGGAGUCAGGCUGAUGCUGAGCUACUACUGCUCAGUAGUGCCAAGGACAACCAGAUCUUGUGCUGGAACCUGGAGAGCAGCGAGGUGGUGUAUAAGCUACCCACACUGAGCAGCUGGUGCUUCCAUGCGCAGUGGUGCCCUCGGGACCCUCCAGUGUUCUCUGCUGCCUCCUUCGACGGCUGGAUCAGUUUAUACUCUGUGAUGGGUAGGAGCUGGGAAGUCCAGCAGAUGAGACAGGCUGACAAGAUCUCUUCUUCCUUUAGCAAAGUCCAGCGUCUCCCACCAUUGCAGGUGCCAGAGCAAGUGGCCCAAGCGUCAUUGAUAUCUCCCCUGAAAAAAAACCCCAAAUGAAUGAGAAGGCCAGCAGGUGCCUCAUUUGCAUUUGGGGGGAAGCUGGUUACCUUUGGCCUCCCCAGCACCCCUGCCCAUCAGGUGCCACAGCCUUGCCUCCGCCUAGUCUUCAUCUGUCAGGUCACCACAGAACCUGAAUUCCUCAUGCGGUCAGCUGAGCUGCAGAAGGGCCUGGGAUCAGGAAAUCUCCUGAAUUACUGUCAGAACAAGAUCUGGCAAGCAUCACUGCAAAGCGAAAAGAUGCUCUGGCAGUUCCUGAAAGUGACCUUAGAGAAGGACUCCAGAAUGAAAUUCCUAAAACUAUUAGGAUACAAUAAAGAUGAAUUUCAGAAGAAGGUGGCCACAUGGUUGAAGAGUGAUUUGGGGCUGGGUGAGAGCCCUCAGCCCAAGGGGGUUGACCUCAACAGUAACAGACAACAGGCCUUUUGCAUCCAGGUGCGGAGGAGGAGGAGCACAGGGAAGCUGUGCCAUUUAAGAAGUUUCUGUCUCUCUACAGACAUGCUGGGAACUCACUUGGAGCAGGAGGGUGGCAGGGCACUAACUUCUGAAGCCAGACUCUGUUACGUGUGCUCAGGAAGUGUGGAGCGGCUGGUAGAGUGCUGGGCAAAAUGCCCCCGGGCUUCAUCCCCCAUGGCUCUACAGGACCUGAUGGAGAAGGUGAUGGUCCUUAACAGGAGCUUGAAGCUACUGUGGGGUGCUGAUGGGGUGAGCCCAGGCCCUGCCACAACCUACAGAAUCGCUCAGUAUGCCAACCUCCUGGCAGCCCAGGGCAGCCUGGUCACUGCCAUGAGCUACCUACCCAGUGACAGUGCUCAGCCACCAAUUCAGCAGCUGUGAGAUUGGCUUUUUCAUGCCCAGGGUUCUGGUGUCUUGGGCCAGCAGUCUCCCCCUUUCCCCUUUCCCCGGGUUAUUGUGGGAGCUGCUCCCCACUCUCAAGAGACAUCAUCUCCCAGACUGGGAUUCCACUCUUCUCACCAGGUUCCAUCUCCAUCUCCAAGGCCAAGGAUUUUUAUACCUCCAUCAUCACUUGUGAUGCCCUUGACACCUUCCCGUCCUAGCCCUUAUCAGGGCUCCAGAAUGCAGAAUACAAGUGACUACAGGCCAUCUGGGUUCCAGGAAGCCUAGUCUUUGCCUGUGGUCCCUGGGGUAAGGCCUGCUUUAUCUCAGCCGCGGCUGUCAGGAGGGCAAAGGGUGCAAGCUCCUAACCCUGUGGGAUUCCCUGGCACAUGGCCUCUUCCUGGUCCACCCACGGCACCCCCAGACAUUAUGCAGGCUGGUUCUGCCUCCCUGCCUGAGACUCCUCGAUGGCUCCCUCUGCUUCCUGUGAGAGCACCAGGCUUCAACCCUAUAAGCUCCCAGCCGCCAGCCCCUCCUGUCACCUCUGCAGCACACCCUCCAGGAGGGCCAGGUGCUCCAUGUGCCGAUACUUUCCCAACCACUGGCAUCUUGACUCCUAAGCCAGGAUCUCAGGAUUCCUUGGAAAAUGCUCCAGUGCCCAGGGGAAACCUCCAGAGGAAAGAGUUGCCAGAGACAUUCAUGCCCCCAGCACCAAUUACUGCUCCAGUUAUGUGCCUCACCCCUGAGCCACGAGGGGUCCUUUCCUCACAGCCUACUGUCCCCAGUCAACUUUAGCGGCCACCUGCGAAGAUGGACAGGAAGGAGCUGCCCCCUGAACAUCAGUCCUUGAAUAUCAGCUUUGAGGUGCUUCUGCAGCGCUGCUCCCUGUCUGCCACUGACAUAAAGACAAAACAGAAGCUGGAUGAAGCAGCCCAACGUCUAGAAUGUCUAUAUGAGAAGCUCUGCAAAGGGACACUAAUAAUCCUUCCACAGCUCUCGCCUCCUAUCCUGGCUGGGCUCCACGAGGUUGCCCGAUGUGUGGGCGCAGGACGCUUUGAGCGGGGCCUCGCUGUGCAUGCUCAGGUGAUGAGCUGCAGCAGCUUCAGCGAGGUCUCCAGCUUCAUGCCUGUCCUGAAGUCCGUCCUCACCAUCGCUCAUAAGCUACACAUCUAG